AUGUUGGAAACUCGAUCAGCUAUUUACAAAAUGAUGGAAGCGACUCGAGAUGAAAGAAAAAUCAAUAAAUGGCCGCCACCGUUCUCCUCAGAAAUCACACCUAAUAACGAAAAGAACUUCGACGCGAUUGUCAGAUGUUCCUGUAAAACAAGUAACUUAUCUCCGCGGAUUGCCAAAACAAUAAUAAUUGGAGACGUUUCUGUUGGAAAAUCGUGUCUAGUGAAUCGAUUCUGUCACAAAGUAUUUGACAAUAAUUACAAAGCAACAAUUGGUGUGGAUUUUGAAGUAGAAAGAUUUGAAAUUCUUGGUGUACCAUUCCACCUACAGAUAUGGGAUACGGCUGGUCAAGAAAGAUUUAAAUCCAUCGCUGCAUCCUAUUACAGAGGAUCCAAUGCAAUCAUCGUUGUGUUUGACCUGACAAAUUUAAUAUCCUUGGGAAAUUGCGAACAAUGGCUCUUGGAAGCUUCCAAAAGUAAUCCAAACCAGUUUCAGGUGUUUUUAGUAGCUACAAAGCGAGAUCUUCUGUCAGAUCGAGUAUACGAAAUAAUAGAAAAACGUGCCACGAGAGUGGCACAGAAAAUGAAUGCUGAAUUCUGGGCCGUUUCUUCCAGAACCGGAGACAGAGUAUCAGAAUUAUUUGCAAGAGUUGCUGCACUCACUUUUCAAACUACAAUUCUGCACGAAUUGGAAAAUAAGAGUCCACAAUCCAUUAGUAUAGGUUUAGAUCUAAUAACAUUAAAUGAUAGAACAAGAAGAGUUGAGAAAAAAAAGAUAAAGAACAAAUGUUUCAAUUGUGAACAUUAAUUUCGGAGAAAAUUGAAUGUCAAGAUCAUCG